CUGUUUGACUCCAUAUAUUUAAGGUACAGCAAUUGAUCGAUGGUGUUCCUCAUCAGAAUAGUGGUUACCCUUGGGAGGGACAAGGCUCUGGGGGUGGUAAUAUUCUAUCUCUUGAUCUGGCUGUGAAGAUAUGGGCGUGCACAGUGUGUGAAAUUCUCUGAGCUCUACAUAUGCCUGUUACACUUCAGAAAAGACUCUAAAAAUGUACAUCAUGAGCCCGACAGCAGGCUACAGAAUCAGAAUCUCUGAGGAUGGGACCUAGGGACCCUGCAUCUUAAUCCCCCUAUCCUCUUCCAAGUUUUUCUUAAGAACACUGGACUUGGGGAAUCUUUGCUAAAGGAGAGGGAUUAGGGAACUAUCCUCCCGAUGAUCAAGAAUUCUGUUCUGCUCUAACAACAAAUCUUCCUUAGGAAAGACAUGCUUGACAUCUUUGAGUCAUUUAGCUUCUUUUGGGGAAAUGCGUUGUCAUCUUUCAGAUGUGGAGAAGUCAAUGAUGUAUAGAAGCAUGUAUUUUAAUAUAUUACAUUUUAAAAUAGUAUUUUUGGUAAUUCGUCAUGCACACAAUAGCUUACGAAUAUUUUACUGAGGUGCUGUAAAAACUGGCAGGUGCUAGGACCUAAUGGAAAUCAAGUAUUCAGUAGGAGGGGAGACAGAGCAGCAUGGGGCGUGGUGCCCUGUUAGCAGGUACAGAAAAGCCAGUUCUUCCACCUAUACGCUAAUGAGACUCCAUUUCAGCUCUCUCCACGCCAUCUGCAAGGUAUCAGCAGCUUUUAGACUUGCUUGUUAAACCAAAAGCAUGUUUCUGGCAAAGGCUUUAUUGGAAGGGGCCGAUCGGGGUCUUGGGGAAGCUCUUGGAGGCCUUCUUGGAGGAGGCGGUCAGAGAAGAGGAGGAGGAGGUGGAGGAGGAAGAAAUAUUGGCGGCAUAGUUGGAGGAAUUGUGAAUUUCAUCAGCGAGGCUGCCGCAGCUCAGUACACCCCAGAACCCGCUCCCACUCAGCAGCAUUUCACCAACGUGGAGGCCAACGAAAGUGAGGAAGUUCGUCGGUUUCGGCAACAGUUUGCACAGCUGGCUGGGCCGGACAUGGAGGUGGGUGCCACCGAUCUAAUGAAUAUUCUCAACAAAGUCCUUUCUAAGCACAAGGACCUGAAGACCGACGGCUUUAGUCUUGACACCUGCCGGAGCAUCGUGUCUGUGAUGGACAGUGACACGACCGGCAAGCUGGGCUUCGAAGAAUUUAAGUACCUCUGGAACAACAUCAAGAAAUGGCAGUGCGUUUAUAAGCAGUAUGACAGGGACCAUUCUGGGUCUCUGGGAAGUUCUCAGCUGCGAGGGGCUCUCCAGGCAGCAGGUUUCCAGCUAAACGAGCAACUUUACGAGAUGAUCAUCCGCCGGUACGCCGACGAGGAUGGAAGCAUGGAUUUCAACAAUUUCAUCAGCUGCCUGGUCCGCCUGGAUGCCAUGUUCCGUGCCUUCAAGUCUCUGGAUAGAGAUGCAGGCGGCCUGGUUCAGGUGUCCAUCCAAGAAUGGCUGCAGCUGACCAUGUAUUCCUGAAGCGGGCAGCGAGAAGCCAGCGCCCUCCCGGAGGAAGGGACCACCAAGAGCCUAGCCGUGCCGUCUGCACGGUGGCUGAUACCCUACCCAACAGCUGUCAUUUUCCGCGAGCUCUUGCACCGGCCUGAAUGCUUCUGAACUGGGGCGGCCCUUUAAACAGCUUCAUUAAAACAGAUUUUUUUUUUUUUAUGAAGGAUGUUCUGAGUGGUUUGUAUGUCAGUUUUUUGAGGUACCGGACAUAUAUGGACAGAUGCGUGUGUGCUGUGGGGCGGGGCGGGGCAGGGCCCCAGCGGAGCAGAUUUUAACAGGCCGUCGCUUAUUUGGCGAGUGAGUUCCAAGGAGCAGGAAAUUUGUUGUUAUCAAGAGUGAAAUUUUGAAACACUCCUGGAAUAAAUCAAAAAAGCCCUCCAGAGAUCUGUUUUCCCUUUAAAAAGGUGAGGAGGAGGAAAGUUCAAAAUCUGUUUUCCUCUCAUUUCACAUCUGCUCUUUACAUUAUGUAAGAAAAAAAAAAAAAAGAUGUGUUCCUGGAAACCUAUUUAACUGUAUAGGAGCAGGUUCAGAAAUGAGGAAAGAAGCAGUUUCACAGGAGGGGGGUAGAUACAUGUAGCUCUCUAACAUUCCAGAAUUCUUUUAUUCCUGUUUCUCUAGUGAAAUAAGCAUGCGGCAACCUUGUUCUGAUGUAUUUGUAAAGAGGGUCAGGGCAUCGGAGAAUGAAG